UAUAUCAAUAUAUGUGGUACCCUCAGAAAGAAAAUCCCUAAGAAGUUCAAAAUUCGCUUAAAUGGCCGCCUCCGCCACAAGCACGGCCACUUGCCGCCUCUCUAAUCCACUUUCCUCUUCCUCCUCCUCCUCGAGAUUGCCAGUCAAGUUUAACAAGUUUACAGCUCUGCCGACUCCUGCGAAAGCAUUUUCCAUUUCCUGUACGUUAACUAGGGAUCCAGUCCCUGCUGCUCCGGUGUCCAUGGACUCAGACCUGGCAGGAUGGCAACGACCCGACUCUUUCGGUCGGUUCGGGAAAUUUGGCGGGAAAUAUGUUCCCGAGACACUAAUGUCUGCUCUCUCGGAGUUGGAAACGGCUUUUAAUUUACUCUCUAGAGAUCAGACGUUUCAGGAAGAACUCGCUGGGAUUUUGAAAGACUAUGUAGGUAGGGAAAGUCCACUUUAUUUUGCGCAGAGGCUGUCGGAGCAUUACAAGGGGCCUAAUGGUGAAGGGCCAGAUAUAUACCUUAAGAGGGAGGAUCUUAACCACACUGGCGCUCACAAGAUCAACAACGCUGUUGCUCAGGCAUUGCUUGCUAAGCAUUUGGGCAAGAAGCGGAUUGCUGAAACUGGGGCUGGUCAGCAUGGAGUUGCAACUGCUACCGUCUGUGCACGGUUUGGUUUGCAGUGUAUUAUUUAUAUGGGUGCUCAGGAUAUGGAAAGACAGGCACUUAAUGUCUUCAGGAUGCGGCUUCUUGGUGCGGAGGUUAGAGCAGUUCAUUCUGGUACUGCAACUCUGAAGGAUGCUACAUCAGAAGCUAUCAGAGAUUGGGUGACUAAUGUGGAGAUGACUCAUUAUAUUUUGGGAUCUGUUGCUGGGCCACAUCCAUAUCCUAUGAUGGUCAGAGAGUUCCAUGCAGUGAUUGGUAAAGAAACAAGAAAACAAGCGCUAGAAAAAUGGGGAGGGAAACCAGAUGUGCUGGUUGCAUGUGUUGGUGGAGGUUCAAAUGCUAUGGGAAUUUUCCAUGAGUUUGUUGAUGACAAGGAUGUUAGGCUGAUUGGUGUAGAGGCUGCAGGUUUUGGUUUGAAUAGCGGCAAGCAUGCUGCUACUUUGACCAAGGGAGAAGUGGGAGUGUUGCAUGGAGCUAUGAGCUACUUAUUACAGGAUGAAGAUGGACAAAUAGUCGAACCUCAUUCGAUUAGUGCUGGCUUGGAUUAUCCUGGGGUUGGACCUGAGCACAGUUUUCUCAAAGAUACAGGGCGUGCUGAGUACUAUAGUGUCACAGAUGAAGAAGCAUUGGAAGCUUUCAAGAGAUUAUCUCGACUGGAGGGCAUAAUCCCAGCGUUGGAGACAUCUCAUGCGCUGGCUUAUUUGGAGAAGCUGUGUCCAACUCUACCAGAUGGUACCAAAGUUGUGGUUAACUGCAGUGGCAGAGGUGAUAAGGAUGUUCAUACAGCGAUUAAGCAUUUGCAGGUGUAAUUCUCCCAAGGUUUUCGUGCUGCCAUUUGCCAUUUUAUUUCACCCGUUUACAUGAAAAUAAAAUGGUUGCCCCAUCAUUUACCGGAAUGCAGCUGUAGUCUUUCUCAGGGUUUUACAUCUGUGUGAGGACAAAGUUAGACGAUUGCUGUUUAGCUAUCCUCUCCCUUUCAAGGUUUUCUUUUUUCUUCUUUUCUUGUUUUCAUUGUUAUAUAUUAGAAAUUGUAGAUGGGGGGGAGGGGAAUCUGAGUUACAUGCGCUACCUUAUUAAUAAAAAAAUAUGAAGGAAAAUACAUUUUUGUAUUUAGAAUUUAAUGCUUUGAAGCUUUGAAGAUCUUGUUUUCCUAGUUUCAGAGAGAGAAGCUGAGAUUUAU